GUUAUUCCGUCUAGUAGAUAAAGACGGGAUAGACGGAAAGACAAAUGAUAUUCCAUUACACAGAGAGAAAAGGGUUUGGUAUCUGUAUCUACAUAUAAUUUUGAAGAGUUUCCUACAAAAACCGAGCAAGUUUACUUUUUCCAAAUCUAAAUUAAUUACGCGAAAUUGUUCUGUCAGUAACGUCGGUGCUUGAUAUUCCCUUUUAAAAAGAAUUUCUCGAAACAUUAGUUCUCUAAAGCCUAAGUCUUUGUUCAUGUAUUAUGUCUGAAGAAAAAUUAUCAUAAUUGUAUAAAGGAAAAGGUAUUUUUCUUUUUCUCUGACCAUGUAAUUUUUGGUCUAUUUGGUUUCUGUAGAAAUCAUCAAUUGCAAAGAAACAAUUAUGGUUUAUAAUAAAAAGAUUUUGACAAUUACAACUAUUACUUACAUAAUAACAGUAAUAACUAUACAUCUAAAAAGUACCUAACUAAAAUAUAUAUUUUAUCAGACUAUUAUAGGCAGAAAUCCAAAAACACUUUUAUCUCAAAGUGUGUCGAGCUCUCGAGCGCAAAGUCGCCAUUCCCCGGUGAGCAUUAUCCGAAUAAAUGAACUGUUCGCAUAAAUCCUGUGUACAUGCUUUCUAUAGCUGAAUACAUCGAAUCAAUUACCAAUCUUGAUAAAACUGUCACGCCACUUGAAGAUCGACUUUCACCGUAAUGCUAAAAGAAAUAUACCUCUUGAAGACGUUGAUUAACCCACUAAUGCAUCUCGUAUGUACAUCAGCAACCCCCCUUGCGCCUCUCGCGGGCGGAAUAAAUUCAAACGAUAAAUUACUGCAAAACGUUGCGUCCUCCCCCUGGCCCCCUUCGGCUCAUGAAUAACGCGCCAAAAGAUAGCCCUCGCGUCCACGGGGCUAAUCUCGUGGCGGUUUCGCUGCCGUUGCUGGAAAACGACGCCACACUAGAACUCGCAUGAAAGCUCGCAUGCAGCGGCGUGCAGUGCAGCAGCGUAACCAACAUUCAGGUCACUCUCAACCCCCGCCUCCUGUCGCGUCUCUCCCCCUUUCUUUACGUCCCUGUCUGCGGAGGAACUUCAAAGGAUCGAUCUUGAUUACCUUGCUCUGCUGACGGCGUUCACCCCGGAAUAAUAAAUUGCUCUAUCUUCACCUCUACGUGUGACAUUAAUAAUUGACAAUUAAUAAUGAAAGAAGAAUGCACUGAUUAUCGAAGUGAAUUAAAGGGAACUAUUCUUUUUUAUGGACGACGGGACGCGUGAUGUUGUACAUAUAAAUUGUAUGAUGAUUUUUGAAGUCUUCGAGUUUCUAAUGGCUUUAUCGAAAAUGACACCGUUCCUCGUGUCGGAGACCGUUAGCUACGCCACUGGUGCAGCGGACAUAAACGUGCCUGGCGGGAUAAAAUUAAUGCACCCGUGUUGCUCUGGCCCCUUCGGUUGCUAGGGAAAUCAACUGUAUAUCGUAGAGACGAUCCGCCACCCCGUCGAGAUUUCGUUAACUACCCUCGAUGUCGAGAGACAUGUAAUCGCGGACCUGCGGGCUUUUUCCUUCCUUGAGACUGGAAGUGACGGCUGAUUGAAUAUUUUCCGAAAAAAAAAGGUCCUCUGUAUAAUAAUAAAACGUUUUUAUCAAAGAAAAAGAAGAGGAAGAAAAGAGGAGGAAGGGAGAAAGAAAGAGUUUAUGUUAGUAAAGAGUUAAAGUUAGAAUUAUAACAUUUUAUAUCUCUUUGGGGAGAAACGUAAAUCGCGAAGGAGAUUGCGCAUCUAAUCUUCUAAACUGACGACUGUCUUAUAAAUUUAUUCUUAUUCCCUGUCCCCUUUUGUCCUGGGGAACGAAAGAGGAAUUUUUCCGAAAAGCAUCCUUUCCGUAUCCUGAGUAAGCCCCGAUCCUGAAAUAAUAUACACGCGCUUGCACACAAUGGAUACGCUAAUUUCGCCUUACAAUGGAGUUCACGGCAUCAUAUGAAUCAUUACGCGACGACAAAACCACGUUGUUGCAAUAGUUUCGCGAUAGUGCGUCGGAUGUGUCUCGCGGCGAAAAUUCUGUGCGAUAUGAAUAGAGAAAGUCAAGGAUCUGUCAAAGAGAAUGAGUUAUCGAAAUUAUCUCCGAUAACUGAUAAAACUUGUAGUGGUAUAAUCUUACAAAAAUUGAGUUUCCUUUACGAUUUUAUUAUUUUAAUAAAAAUUCAUCAUUUAAAUGUAUUAUGAAAAAAACAGUGUCUCUUUAUGUCAAAUAAGAGAUGUUAUUAAUUGUUAGUUAAAAAAUAAGAAAGCCGCGCAAAAUAUAAUAAAUAUAAUAAAUAUAAAAUAUUGCGUCUAAGAACGUUUAGAUUAAAAUCGGAAAUUUUCAUCACAAUUGUCUAGCAGUAAACCAAUUGACAAUGGAAAUUGACGAGAAAAAGAUACAAUUAUCCGCAGAUUCUUCUGAAAAUAUGAUCUUCAAAGCGCUAAUAAUUCCUCAUUCUCGCGGAUAGCAGAACGCCAAAUCGGAGGUGGACCAACCAAGGUAUGGCCUCUCCGAGGGAGCGUCCUGCAGAAGUAAAAUCCGGCGGUAUUCAAGAAAAUCGAAUUUUCCGCACGACGUGACCCUCCGCCGAGGUUCAAAGCGGAAGUUUUCCGGCUCCGAAGCUGCCGCACGAAUUAUUUUCCGGCCUAGCGGUGAAGGAAAAGGGAAGAUAGACGGAUCUUCUAAGAGCACGCGUUUUGCAACGAAAGUAUACAAGCGGCGGGAUACAUUUGGUGUACUGAGAAAAGAUGACGGGAAGUAGUAACAACGAAAUAGGCCAGGCGGUAACCUCGGGGGUUCGAGGCGACGGCGGGAAGCACACGGUUCACUGGUUUCGUAAGGGACUCCGGCUGCACGAUAACCCCUCGUUGAAGGAGGGUCUCGAGGGGGCGUCCACUUUCCGGUGUGUCUUCGUGCUGGACCCCUGGUUCGCCGGAAGUACCAACGUUGGCAUCAAUAAAUGGAGGUUUCUGCUGCAAUGUUUAGAGGACCUGGACUGUUCCCUGAGGAAACUAAAUUCCCGGCUGUUUGUAAUCCGGGGACAGCCGGCCGACGCGCUCCCCAAGCUCUUUAAGGAAUGGGGCACGACAAAUCUGACUUUCGAGGAGGAUCCGGAGCCAUUUGGCCGCGUGCGAGAUCAUAAUAUCUCGGCCCUCUGUAAGGAGCUUGGUAUCUCGGUGGUCCAGAGAGCCUCUCAUACUCUAUACAGACUAGACGAGAUCAUAGAGAGAAAUGGUGGGAAACCGCCGUUGACCUAUCAUCAAUUUCAAAACGUCGUCGCCGGAAUGGACCCGCCGGAACCGCCGGUACCGACGGUGACGGCCGCCUGCAUUGGCAGCGCCUAUACGCCCCUAAAAGACGACCAUGACGACCACUACGGAGUGCCCACUCUCGAGGAACUCGGUUUCGACACGGAGAGUCUGCUGCCUCCGGUGUGGGUCGGCGGCGAGAGCGAGGCCCUGACUAGGCUCGAGCGUCACCUCGAGAGGAAGGCGUGGGUGGCGAGCUUCGGCAGGCCGAAGAUGACACCGCAGUCCUUACUGCCGAGUCAGACCGGGCUCUCGCCCUAUCUGCGAUUCGGCUGCCUCAGUACGCGCUUGUUCUACUAUCAGCUCACCGAUCUGUACAUGAAGAUAAAGAAAGCGGUGCCGCCGCUGUCGUUGCACGGACAGCUACUCUGGCGCGAAUUCUUUUACUGCGCCGCGACGAAGAAUCCGAACUUCGAUCGGAUGCAGGGCAAUCCGAUUUGCGUGCAGAUACCGUGGGACAAGAACGUGGAGGCGCUCGCAAAGUGGGCGAACGGUCAGACGGGAUUUCCGUGGAUUGAUGCGAUCAUGACCCAGCUGCGGGAGGAAGGCUGGAUACAUCACCUGGCCAGACACGCGGUGGCAUGCUUUUUGACCAGGGGCGACCUUUGGCUGUCGUGGGAGGAAGGAAUGAAGGUGUUCGACGAGCUCCUCUUAGACGCCGAUUGGUCCGUGAAUGCUGGCAUGUGGAUGUGGUUAUCGUGCAGUUCGUUCUUCCAACAGUUCUUCCAUUGCUACUGCCCCGUACGAUUCGGCAGGAAAGCAGAUCCGAAUGGCGAUUAUAUCAGACGUUACCUGCCGGUGUUGAAGAACUUCCCGACCAGGUACAUUCACGAGCCCUGGAACGCGCCGCUCAGUAUACAGCACGCCGCCAAGUGCAUCAUCGGCAAGGAGUACUCGUUGCCGAUGGUGAACCACAGCAAGAGCUCGCGCAUCAACAUCGAGCGGAUGAAACAGGUGUAUCAGCAGCUGAAUAAGUACCGCGGUAAUGGAACCUCAUUUAAAGGAGAAAACAUUGGCUUGCUGAACGUAUUGCUGACACUGCCGGCAAAGGACGAUGACGAGCAGAAGAGAAAGCAGGACUCGCCGAGAACGAGUCGAGAGAAUGAGCAGAAGAUGGAAACCAGCAGUCCUACGGAACAGCAACAGCAGCAACAACAGCAACAGCAGUAGUGACAGUCGGUACAAUGACCUGGCUAAUCCGUUAACGUGAUAAUGCUGACGUUAACCCUUUUAUAGAUUUUUAAAAGCGACUGAAAAAUUUCAAUCGUGAGUCGCGAGUUCUAUACAUCCAAUUAUUUCGACUAACUCUUAAUCGGACCCAAGAAGAUCCGUUACGAUUAGCAUAACUGGUACCCUUCUGAUUUUGAUAUCACUAAGAAUUGGCUACCACACAUUUAGAAAACUAUCAUGUUUGAUACAUAUUGAUGUCAGAUAUAUAUCUAUACAGAAUUUUUAUAAUCUUUAUACUUUUUUUCAACUCCUUGAGACGACUACCGUUAAAGGUUAAUUCAGAUAUCAAAUAUUCAAUUCCUCGUAAAAUACGCAGCGAAGAAUCGCACUAGUUUUUUAAUAUUUGCAGAAAGGGUAAUAAGUGUUUUAGCUACGGGCAGAGUUAACGAGCGAAUCUAAUGUUCGCCUGAAAUAGAUUAUCAUAGAUUAUAACUUGUAUUUUGUCACACAACGUCUAUGCGAUUUUAACAGUGCUUCUCGCAACGUAUUCUCAAUUAAUAAUUAAUAAAAUCGUACCGCGAAUCUAGACUUUUUAUGGCUGUAAAUUGUAAUUGUAAAUAAACGAAUAAAACGUGUGUUGAAAUCUCUA